CCAGAAGCAGUGUAUGAGCGCCUGAAGAGCACAAGAAACAAGCCACUUAUAGGCAUAAGAAUCAUGUCCGCGGGUCGCAAUCGGGCUAAUGAGGGCGGCUGGACGGAAGCGCGGACGAAGGACAGCCUCGCCAAAGCCCUUCAGCCGCGGCCGCAGACGGCGUCCAGCUACUUUGCUCCGAAAACUAGUAUACUCCUCUUUCGAUCCAAUCGAUAGUCGAUCCUUUAUCGUAACUCCUUAAAUUCGCAACUAAAUAUCUCGCCAACAAGAAGAGCCAGAAUGAUAAAAAUAUCUCCCAAAGACAGAGCAGUUUUUACCAUUAACAUCGCCUUGCAAGGCCUACUUGGUGACUGUUCAUAUUUUUCUUUCUACUUUCUCAGUCCCUGGCAUGCCCUCGUUCGACAUUCACAAGACGUCUAGUGGCACCCGCCUUCUGGGAGGAAACAGUCGUACCGGGGUGAGGCCGGGUAAUUCUCGACUCUCCAAUCGUCGCGAGCCGUCACAGGCACAUGACUCGCAAAGGCCUGACACGGCGCGUCCGCGACUUCAGAGCCUCAUCCAAAGUCCUCCGAUGCAAGACGGGAUCGAUUUGCCUUAUGAAAUGCAUGAUUACUUAUGUUGUUAUAGAUUGGAGUUGGAGUAGCAGACGUGGCACAUAUUCUGCCUUCUGUUCAUCCUCUAAAGCAAACCUGGCACUUUUGUCAGUCCUGGUAAAUAUUUCAGCGCCACCGGGAAUGUGUCCGGGUAUCCACACGCAGAUGGGGGUUUAUCUGCACACACAGAGAUGCGCGUUUCGCCGGUUAAAUACAAGGAGACGCAAACGCAGCACGAACCUCUGCAGAACCAGAGACUAGACCAUUUGCAGACGGCGAUGAGCGGCAAAGGUAGGAGUCUUGACGAGAUGAAAGAAUUUGAUGCGGUACGGGGAGGAAAGCCACC